AUGGAUCUUAAUCGGCCCCUUGGAGGCAAGAUCCAGAUCAAUGUCGGCAACUCUAAAUACCACAUCCACGAAGAGCCUUUGCGCAGAAAUACGGAAUCCUUCAACUACGAACAUAGAAGUGUCAUGAACAUAGAUGUAGGAUCUGAAGUGUUUGAGUCGUUUGUUCAGUGGCUCUAUAACCGAGAUCUCUUCAAACAUCCAGCUGGUGGCGCCCGGGUGAUUCUAAAGUUGUGGUUCUUUGCUGCUAAAAUUUCCUGCCCAGAGCUUCAGAAAAGUCGGAUUCAAGAUACGUUUUUUGAGACGCCCAAGGAUGGUGGUGAGCAUAUUGCUUUAGAGAGUUUCUGUGCUGCUAUGCUUCGCCAGGAAAGCACUGAGGACUGUUUCACAAUAGUUCGUGAUUUUCUUCAAGCAGUCCCAGUCGCCCUUGCAACAAUGACAAUGACAAGAUCUGCGAGUCCAAACCAAAUGUUCAGUAGAAUCUGCGCUUCAAUUGCGUCGGUGAAUAUCUUUGAGUCUUUUGAUAGUCUCGAGAUCCCGUCAGAAGUCUUGGGAUUCGCUACAACUUCGAUGACCAACUUCAAGCAGCUAGUUUGGUCCAUUCAUACUGCUAGGGAAAGACGUUCAUUCAUCUGUGAUGUUUUGAAGCAGCAGCUCCGAGACAACGAGAAAAUGAAUUCCACCCAGCGUAGCGGACUAGCAAUAUCCAGAGAAAAGAUCCGAGUCGAAGUUAUCGGGGGUUGCUACGAGAUUCAUGAGGAGUUAUUGGCUGGUACAGGCUUAUUCGAACGUCUGAAGGAUGAUCAGGCUAUUAUCCCGGAUGAAGAGUCUGAUACAUUCGAUUAUCUGGUCCAAUGGCUCUAUACCCCAGGACAUUUCUUUAAGGUGCCGAAAAUCAAAACAGUCCUAAAACUAUGGAUCCUUGCCGACGGGAUUGAGUUUCCAAGACUCCAAAAUUAUUGCAUGGAUUUCCUUCAGAAUCACUAUCGUCGCAAUGACAAAUUCACGGACUUGGAUGAAUUGAAAUGUGUCUUUGGGGCCACAGAGGGCGUGUACAUGGCAGGUAAUCUUUUAAUGAAACUCUGUGUUGCUCAACUUCAUUUUCAAAACAACAGUGAGGGUAGCACAGCUGUUACAUACUUUCUUCGGACUGUCCCAACGGCUAUUGUCGCGUAUCUCGAUUAUGAGACCUGGUUCAAUGUAUACAGCGACAACGACCCUAGAAGUCGUGAAAAAUUUCCUUGUGAAUUCCACGUCCACGAUACCAAUGAAGAUCGCGAGGACUGCCAAAUAAAGCUCGAAUAG